CCAGCAUUACAGAAAUCACAGAGACUUCCUGUUCCUUGAGCUCCCUUGGGCCGCGAUUUAAGGUUCCUUAAAUUCAGGAUCUAAGGACCACCUUCUUUCCUUCUUCAAUGGAGCACCACCUCUCCCCUUUCUGGGGCACCUUGGGAUGUGGUUUUGGUGAGUGAAACUUGGGGUACUGACUGCUGGGAAGCAAAUCUGAAAGCACAGAAUAUUGUGGGGGUGACCCUGGCCUUAUCGGGCCCUGGAAGUCUUGUUAGUGUGUGAGCUGGCAAAUGGAUUUCUUUUCCCUUAGACUGACACGGAAGCAGGCCGUUUACCACACUUGGGGCCGUGUGAGUUCUUUCUGAAUUCAGAGUAGGACGAUAUCACCAAGCAGAUAUUUCUUCUGAACCGGAACUGAUUCUGGCUUCUGAGGAGAUCCUGAGAGUCUCAAGCAGAGUCAGGAAGUGGUCACAGAUUUGGGGACCUCAUUACACAGCUCAGUUAUGUUCCUUCGACGGCUUGGUGGCUGGCUACCUCGACCUUGGGGCCGAAAGAAAUCAACGAAGGCUGAUUUGCCUGCCCCAGAACCCAGAUGGGUGGACAGCUCCCCGGAGAAUUCAGGGAGUGACUGGGACAGUGCUCCAGAGACCAUGGGAGAUGUGGGGCCUCUUAAGACCAAGGGUUCAGGAACACGGAGGCCCCCCGGGGCUGCUCCAGAGUCUAGCAGGGACAUCAAAGUGGAUCAGCUGGGGAGCAAAAGAAUGGAUUCCCUCAAGAGGGACAAGACUGCCUCUACCAUCGAAGAGCCUGCAAGACAGGAGACUGGGGGAGCCAUUCCUAAACUGGAUUGGGAUUCUGUGGAUUCAGGCGGCAUGAAAAACCUUGAAGAGUCUCCCCAAGGGAGACUAGGCACCACUGGGCCAGAAGUCCUACUGGAGAAACCUAGUCGCCGUCAGAAGCUGCUGCAUUGGCUACGGGGGGAUCCAGGGGCUCCCUCACGUUACGCGCAGGACCCGGAGGAGUACCUGCAGAUCUCUACCAACUUGACCCUGCACCUGCUGGAGCUGCUUGCCUCGGCCUUGCUGGCUCUGUGCUCUAGGCCACUCCGAGCCAUCUUGGAUGCUUUGGGCCUUCGAGGACCUGUGGGCCUCUGGCUACACGGGCUACUGUGUUUCCUGGCUGCCCUACACGGGCUCCACGCUGUGCUGAGCCUACUUACUGCCCACCCCCUGCAUUUUGCCUGCCUCUUUGGCCUGUUGCAGGCCCUGGUGCUGGCUGUCAGCCUCCGGGAACCUGUUGAGGAUGAGGAGACCGCUGAUUGGGAGAGCGAGGGGCAGGAGAGAGAGGCCAAGGAGCAGAGGGAAGGUCCCAGAAGGGGGUUGUGACUGAGGGAGGGUGGGAGCAAAGGGUAAAGAUAGUGGGGUGGCCUUUAGGAGGAAGAUGGGGAAACCUGGAUUGUAAGCACAGCAACCUCAGGGAUGGGGAGGAAACCCAGGCACAGGGGCUCCUGUCACACACUCGACAGACAGGGCUGUCUAGGGUGGCCAGUCAUGGACAAUGGGGCAUCGCCAUUGAAGUCACCAGCUGUUGUUAUUUUUUUGCUUUUACAUUUACCCACCGUUUUGUUUUUUAAUUUCCACCUCCACUUUUUAAAAGCAAAAUAGAAUAAAGGCAACCGUGGAGAA